UUUUAUUGUUUUAAUUCUGUUUUUCUCUUUUUGAUUCCUCAGUUUCUUUAAUAGCAUUUACCACUAUGGCUUUAUUAACAAUAAUGGAAUUCUCAGUGUAUCAAGAUACCUGGAUGAAGUAUGAAUAUGAAGUAGACAAGGAUUUUUCUAGCAAGUUGAGAAUUAACAUUGACAUCACCGUCGCCAUGAAGUGCCAGUAUGUUGGAGCAGAUGUUCUGGAUUUAGCAGAGACCAUGGUUGCAUCUGCAGAUGGUCUAUCUUAUGAACCAGCAGUAUUUGACCUUUCACCCCAUCAGAGAGAGUGGCAGAGGUAAAGUGUGAACAGUGUCAUCACCAGAGAAACCUAGACCACUUUUGUUUGCUGGAAUCUAUGCAUAUUUUAAAGUAUUUUAGUACAUAAACAAUCCUUAUGACCUCAAAAGCUAUCA